AUGCGGCGCACUACAUGGGCCGUGCCUGCGGUAGCUAGCACGCCCGCGUCCCGGAACGUUGGGCCCGACGCGGCCGCUCAGCAGGGUAUUAAAUUUUCCUUUGCCCCUCCAUAUUCUCCACAUUUCAACGGCAUUGCUGAAGCAGCGGUUCGUUCGACAAAAUAUCAUCUUAGGCGCUUGAUGCAAAUGACCCACUUUACAUAUGAGGAACUCACCACUUGUCUAACUCAAAUUGAAGCCGUUUUGAAUUCCCGUCCACUCACCCCUCUCUCAUCUGAUCCCGCUGACCUAUCUGCUCUUACUCCUUCCCUUUUCUUAAUCGGACGAUCUCUUUUAUCUGUACCUUAUCCACAGGUGACAAACAUGAAGGUCGAGCAAUUGCAACGUUACGAAAGAAUCAAUUAUAUGAAGCAACAUUUUUGGAAGCGAUUUUCUAAAGAAUACGUCUCUUUACUUCAAACUAAGACUAAAUGGUUCCAUUCAACAGGAAAUCUAUCUGUGGGGACUCUUGUACUAUUGAAGGAAGCAGGUCAACCUCCCCUACUGUGGCCAUUGGGACGAGUCACCAAAAUUUACCCUGGCGUCGAUGGCGGUUCAAGAGUGGCAGAACUGAAGAUGAAAGGGAGAACUGUUCUGCGAAGCUACAAAAACAUCUCCAUGGGCCCAUCACUCUGCUUCUUUGAACAAAGAUGUUCAACCCGGGGAGGAUGUUCGCGCCUGAGGUGCGGGCAACACCACUACCGGUGCGAACCGACGUGCGGUGGCACGAAACGUCACUUGGACUUCCGCUUUCGACCGCCGAUGCAUACGCGCAACGAUCAAUUUGUCUAUUUGCAACUCUGUAUUUACCGCUUAUUAAACCAUUACAACCAAAUACUUGUGUUUGGCCUAAACAAUAUUAAAAUAUACAAUGAAUCAAAUUUAUACAAGUCCAGGCAGCAGUCUUCUUCUAAGCGAUUUGAUACAAUUGUCUGA